AAUAAAAAUAAUCAAGUAAUAAGAAUCCAGUCGCCUUGAACUUGUCAAAUCCCGCGUCAUGAUCGAAUCACCUUCUUGCCACGCUGAAGCUUUGCAACAUGAAAUCCACAAAUCCGUUAGUUCCCUCCACCAACGCCUGGUCGCACCACCCACUGACCUGACCCAAAAAAUCCAACAACUGAUUCACGGAAACACUAUUCUAACGUACUACUUGCGCAUGUCAUGGCUGCGAAAAUUAUCAUUUUUGAACGAAUUAAUCAAAAGAAUCAAAAGUCUGGACACCAUGAGACUAGUGAUAGAUACACUGCAGCCACUUUUGGGAAAAUUAACGUCUUACUGCAAGUCGACCACUGCAACUCCGAUGAAUUUUGAUAAGGUUUUGAAUGACCAUGACCGCAUGUUCAGUGGCGAUAUUUUGGAGGAAAAUAUCGCCUUGGAUUUGGCUUGGUUUGAGUCGAUUGAAGACCAGGAACAAGUUGCGUAUCUUAUUGCCUUUAUCAGACUUUCGGGUCAUGCGUUAAUCCGCAUUUUCAUUGCAAAUUUGCAAUCAGCGCUUGUGGAACGCUUGAAAGUCCAAGCGCUUCAAGCCAACCACAUUGACGAAAAAGAGGAGAAGAAAAACAGCUCUGAAAGCCACUACAAGCAUGAUUUGGACGACCCGAAGCACCAAAAGUGUGUCCAAUUGCAGAAAAAGUGGGAGAAAACCAUCGGGGAAUACCGGAAGAAAGUGCUCGGUAAAAAAAAAGAAAAAGCUUCGACGAAAUCAAAAGACAAAAAGAGUAAAAACAAAAAAACUAAGAAGGCGAAGAAAAAAAAUAAAAAGAAGAGAAAAGGUGGUAAAGAUGAGCCCCUUGAUUGGAUCCAGAUAAUGCCAAUCAUGAUCGUGAAAAAAAUCUUCAACCACUUGGACAAAAAAUCGCUAAACCGAGCCAAGAAAGUCAACACUUACUGGAAAUGGGCGAUUGGUGAGUUGCUCAAAGACCGCAAAGCUCGCAAAUCGUUGAACAAAAGCGACAAAAAGCUCCGGAAAGCCUCCGGAAGUGAGUGUUUUUUUCCGGAGAGUGAGUUUUUGGAGGGCAAAGCACGCGUGAGUCACACUGAACGAAGGCUCCAGAAGCUGCAAAUGCGAGGUGCGAUUUUGGAGGAGUUGCGACAAAAUUCCCGUGUGGCUCAAAACACGAAUGCUCUUAUCACCGAAGCGAUGAAAACUUUUAGUGAGUUGGCGCCGUAUGUGAGCGAUUUGACGAUGUAUCCGAGAGUUGAGCGGAAAAAUGGGGCGAUUUUUAAGAGGCCGGAGUUUCUUGUCAAAGAUUUGGGGAUAAUUUGCGUGGAGGGGGAUGAUUUGUCCGAGUCGGAGGAGGAUACAGGGGGGCAGGGAACGCGGUUUUCGUCGUCGGUUGCGUCAAGUGGCAGCGACAGGUUUUGAGGGAUUAUAAAUUAUUAUUUGGGAGCGGUCACAAAUUAAUUAAAACGAUUUAGUUGAAUCACAAAACUUGGAGUCAGUUUGAGUUCGGACAAAACACAAAUGCUGACAGAGCCAAAUUCAGUGUUUUUUUUGAAAAUUCGAAAGAUUUACGUCUAAAUUUUGACAAAACAUCAGCCUGAAUUAUUCCUCAAAUCAAACAAAUGUUAUUACAGGAGAUACUAAAUAUUGCUAAGGGUUCUAAGCACCCCCAGCCUAAAGGACCAAUUUCAUAAAGAAAUUUAAUUCUUCAUUUAAAUUUAAUGUUAAUUUAAUUUAAUUAAAAACUCAAUUUAAUAAUCACUUUAAUUGUAUAUUUAAAAAUGAAAACCUCAAUUCGGAAAUAAAAUUAACUAGACGCCCUCUGGUGAUGACUUUUGAACUAUGUCGAAAACAGUAAAGGAAUUUUCGUAAUGCCACAUUUAACUGACAUUUAAUGAAUUGUUCAACAAUUUUGCGUGUAUAGUGUUAAUUACUUACAAUAGAAAGAAUUACUUUAAAAGUACGUGGUGGUAAGUACUAGCAUUGACUUUGGUUCUGUAGUUUUUCAUGGUAUAAUGUGUUUAUUGUUGGAACUUGAAAGUGGAUAAAAAGUGAAAAAUAUUUAAAUUUUGAUUACAAAGUGUUAUCAAACAGUUGUCUAAUUAAAGAUUAUAAGUAAUGGAUCACAGCGAACACAAAGUUUGGCUCAAGAAACCAAUAAAUUAGUAAAGUGUUAUGAAUUUUAGGUUAGAAUUUUCCACUGAAAAAAUCAUGAAAUGCUGCGGUAAAUCUACAAAACUACAAUAAAGAUUAACAACUGCUGAUACAUUUAAACGUAAAUUAUGCCAAAAGGUAGGCUUUUCAAUGUCUUUGUAAUAAUUUUCCAAUAAAGAAAGUGAACCAAACAGUCACUCGUUAUUCGUGUUUUCCUCGUCAUCUCUCAUUUGUCAACAUCCGUUUCUUGCAUCAAAGAUGCAAUAAUCAUUCCGCAUAGGCAAUGUAAUAAUUGUGAAGCCCCAAAAUUCGUACAACGCUCAAAAUAUCCGAAUAAACAUUUUCCCGCCAUUUAUGGUUACUGUUUUCGACCUAGCUCAGUGGCGCCCCCAACGGUAAUCUUACUUCCGAAUUGACGUAUUUAUUUUUUAUAUGUUUUCUUUUGUUUCAGCAUACACUUACGUGAUUUCAGCUAAUUACUUAAUUUAUCUCAUCUUGAGUCAAAAAUUAAAAAAAUGCCGAAUUAAAUUAUACGUUAUGUCCACCAAUUUCA